GCGACAUCCAUUGUUAGGAGCGCCGGCGCAGGUUAAGAUCAAAAAUGUCCCUGCCGAACUACCGCAGUCCUCAGGCUGGCGUUCCAUCACCUAGAUUCAAAUCUGAAAGGAGCUCUGUUUCUUCUGGCUCUGGUAGUGGGUCUUCUGCCCCCUUUGUACAGUCCAGUCAUGGCCACCCUGGCUUCAAUCCUGUCAAGAUUGGAUCCAGGUCAGCCACUGACUCUAAAGUUCCUAAGCCCCCAAAACCUCCAGAUAAGCCACUGAUGCCCUAUAUGCGUUAUAGCCGAAAGAUCUGGGACUCAGUUAAAGCUGCGCACACAGAUCUGAAGCUAUGGGAGAUAGGGAAAAUAAUUGGCCAGAUGUGGAGGGAACUGGGAGAAGAGGACAAACAGGAGUUCAUGGACGAGUAUGAGGCGGAGAAGAUCCACUACAAUGAAGCUAUGAAGGCAUAUCACAACUCCCCAGCCUACCAAGCCUGGGUGGCUGCUAAGGGUAAAGCUGCAGCUGCAGCUGCAUCUGCAGCCGCAGCAGCUGCUGCCGCCGCAGCAGUGGAAGAAGAGGAAGAGCGAGUUCCUGAAAGACAGAGCAGAGCACAUGUUCCGAAAGAAAAUCCAAGAAUCAGCAUACAGCCAGCAGAAGAUGAUGAUGAGAUCGAUGACCAGUUCUCUGUAAAGCAUAUAGCCCAUGCCCGAUACACCAGGAACCACCGACUGGUCAAUGAGAUAUUCAGCGAGGCUGUAGUACCGGACAUCCGGUCAGUGGUGACCACAGGCAGGAUGAGUGUGCUGAAGAGGCAGGUCCAGUCACUGACCAUGCAUCAGAAAAAAUUGGAGUCUGAGUUACAAAACAUUGAAGAAAAACAUGAAGGGAAGAAAAGAAAGUUUAUGGAAGCCAGUGAGCUGUUCCAUGAGGAGCUUAAAAAGCUUUGUGAGAACAAGCCUCACAUCUCUGAUGAGAUGUUCAAGGGAAUGGUGAGUAAAUCACGCGAGGAGCUUAAAGUGCGACAGGCUCAGAUCCUGCAGCAGCAGGAGGAAGAGCGCCGCAAACAGCAGCUGCUGAUGGAGCAGAGACAAAAAGAGGAGGAGGAGAGGAGAAAGAGGGAAGAGGAGGAGCGUGUGAAGAGGGAGGAGGAGGAGAAGCUGGCCAGAGAGAGGGAGGAGCAGGAGAUGGCCCUGAAGAAACAAGAGGAAGAGAAGGAAAAACAGAGGCUCAAGGAAAUUGAGGAGGCCAUGGAUGUGGAUACAGAGACUGAGGAGGAUAAUCUGGAUGAUGGAGAUGAGAAGGAAAGUGUUGGUACUGAGGAGAAGAAAGCUCCAGUCUCCGAAACACCCAGUGCUAAUCUACCAAACUCAGCUACCACUAAUGCAGACCAGAAUGCUCCUGUACCAGCCGAGUCUGGGAUGUCGAACUUGCAGGCCAGUAGUCAGCCUUUGGACCAGCAGCAGGCUCCUGCCACAGAGAUCCCCACCCCCACACCGCAGCCACCUGAUGUCCCCACAGCCCCAGCUCCUGCUGCUUCGCAGCCCCCUCAAGAUACUGUGCAUCAGGAGGCUACACCACAGGACACCAGUGUGAAAGACCCUGAAAUGAAACAGCCAUCUGAGACCCCAGAGCACUCACAAAAACAGGAUCCCUCCAACUCCAAGCCAGAGCAGCUUAACCAGGGGCAGACUACUCCGGAUGAAAAAAUGGAGAUUGACCCUCCCAGCUCUGAGAACAAGAAGGAUGCUGUUCCUGAACCAGCUAAAGAUGAAUCUCAGAAAGAAAAGACACCAAAGGUCACAGAUGAAGACAGCAAGACAGACAAACCUAGCCAACCAGCAGAAACUGUCCAGGAGGAAGGAAAAUCUGACCAACCAGAGCAAGAACAGAGCAAGACGUCUGAGGAGACCAAACCUGAAUGAUGUCAGUCCGAAUCAUGUCAUUUACUUUUACUGCCUUUCUCAGUCAAAAUAUCACUUCACAUUCAUCACUUUUCAGCACUAUUCAUCUGAAGUUCAUCCAAAGCCUUUGGUGUAGAAGUGAUGUGAAACGACCAGCUUUUGAUAAAUUAAUGUUCAAGGGACAGCAAAAAAAAAAGCAAAAUGAAAAAGACCUGGGAAUCUUAAAUAUCAUAUCACUUCUAUCAUAUAUUUCUACCAAUUUUCUGUAGGAGUUUGCUUUUACAAAUAAGUUUAAUUUUUGUUUUCGAUACAUGAUCAGUUUUGUUUUGAUCAGUGAAUGUACAUCACUCCACCAUGAAGACAGUCAUUAUUACACUAACUGAAGUAAGUGCAGCUAAAUGUGCGUUGAAUUCUGCCAACUCAAUAAGACUUUCAUGGCUUACUGUGGCAUAGAGCUAACUUUCACCUAACCAGGUGAAACCAUGCUCUCUCUUUUUUUUUUUUUUGUUGGGUUUUCACAUCAAAAGGUAGAAUGAUUUACAAGGUAAGGCAUUUACAGUUACGUGAAAAUGAGUCCAGUUCUGACGGCGUCUUAUUUGUAGGGGCAAUGCUUUUCACAUUGACAUUUAUGGUCACAAAAUGUUGCUUCCUUUAACAUUUACAGUGAAACAGUUGGUUCCAGCUCUAUUUAGACAAUGUAAUGGUCAGUGUUGGAAUUCAUAAAAAAUAACAAUCAUCCUUUCAUCUACUCAUUCAUAUUCUGUUUCAUCGACUUAUCCAUUGCCCUGUAAACUGUAUGUUUAAAAAGAAUUCGUCAAAUUCUUGUACCCUAUUUAACAAUUGUCAUGAGGAAUAAAAUACCCAGUCU